AUGUAUAUAUUAACUACUGAAAAAGCUAGCUCAUCGCCGAACUUUCCAGGGCUCACCAAGGCCAUAAAACGCAAGAGAUCCACAACAAUGAGCGCCAAUUGCGGGUCAUAUCGCACCCCCAAAUCACCAGAGCCGCUCGCCGAGCUGCCGCCAACCGUGCUCGAGGCAAAGGACUCGCUGCACAGCCGGACGUUCUACUCUGAAGUGCCACAGCAGAUCCGCGACAGCGGGUGCGCGGUAAUCCUCGGUGUCGACGAGGCGGGCCGCGGGCCUGUUCUGGGCCCCAUGGUCUACGGCAUCAGCUACUGCACGCGCGAGUACCAGGACGAGGUGCUGAAAAAGCGCUACGCGUUCGACGACUCGAAAAAACUGACGGACCCGGUGAGACGGGACCUGUUCCAGAGAAUGUACACGGGCGAGAUCGACCAGGUGGGGUACGCCACGACAUGCAUCAGCGCGUGCGACAUCUCGAGCGGGAUGCUGCGGUUCCCGCCCGAGAAGAACUACAACCUGAACGAGCAAGCGCACGACGUGACCAUUGCGCUGAUCCGCGGCGUGCUGGAGCGCGGCGUGGCCGUCGAGCACGUCUAUGUAGACACUGUGGGCCCGCCUGCGACGUACCAGCGCAAGCUGGAGGGCCUGUUCCCCAGCAUCAAGUUUACGGUCGCCAAAAAGGCCGAUUCUCUGUUCUGCGUCGUGAGCGUGGCCAGUGUCGUGGCCAAGGUGACGAGGGACGUGCUAAUAGAGCUGUUGCGCGCGCGCCCCGACGAGGUCCUGGGGUCCGGCUACCCGUCCGACGCAAAGACGACGGCGUGGCUGCGCUCGAACCGGACCGCGCUCUUCGGCUGGCCGCUGCAGACUGUGCGCUUCUCCUGGCAGACAUCCCAGACGCUGCUAGACAGAAACCCGGACGCCGUGCCCAUCGAGUGGGAGGACGACUACAUCGGUAAGGGCUCGCAGUCGAUGGCCGCGAUGUUUCAGCCCGCUGAGAAGGCUGUAACGCUGGACAACUGGUACAGUGUAGAGUGA